AUGACGCAGCUCGAGGCGGCGUUCAGGGAGCAGCUGACGGAACGCAACAACCUGCUGCUGGUGCUGUGGGCGCGACUUUCGUCCCUGUGCGGCACCGACUGGGCGCACAACAACAGCCUCAUCAACGGACGGGCGCUACCGUCCCUUGAAUCGGUGGCGACAAUGCUGCCUGGGUUCACAAAGAACCUGCUCGCCGCGGUCAAGACGAUGGAGACAAUGGUCGGAGGGUUCCAGUCGCGCAUCAAGAACAUGGAGCGCGAUCUCUGGAAGGAUUACCAGGCACUCGAGGGCGACCUCGAUACCAAGACGAAGAAGCUAGACAGGCUCGAGUCGAUUGUGCGCAACGGCGUGGCCUCAGGCACGCUCAACUCGAGCGAACACUCACGCAUGGUGCGCAUGGAGGAGGCGUACCGGCAGCUCAAGAUUGAGAACGCGACGCUGCGGACAGCGAGCAACGUGCGAUCGAGGGCAGCGUACUCGGCAGCGGGCGAGGAAGGCGUCGGCAGCCCGUCGCCUUCGAUCCCCACGGGCCCGCGAGACCGCGAGAAGAAGAGCCGCAAGGGGCGCGACAGCGAGCGGUCGUCGACGCUGACGCGGACCAGCAGCUCGCGCGGCGGCAGCUCACGGGGCGGUGGUGGCGUGUCGCUCGGCGCGGAGACGAACCCGUACGAGACGGCGCUCGCAGAGCGGGGCCACGGCGGAAGCGGCGUUGCCGAGGACAAGACGUGGAUGCUGCGGCUGCGAGACCUCGAGACGAAGCUCAAGGCGGAGCGCGAAGGACGCAACCUCGAUCGUACAGCGGCACGGCAGCGGCUCGGCGGUCUCGAGUCGGAGAACCGCGAUCUUCGAGGAGAGGUGAUGCGCAUGCGACGGGGUCGCGAGACGUGA